AUGGCAGUUUCUACCUACAUGCGGGUAGAAUACGUGGACCGCCGUGGUUGGAUGGGUACGCAGUGGUGGCGGGACUGGCUGACGUGGGGUCUGGGAGGUGGAGGAGACGUGGGCAGGCCAGAUUCCGUCGAGUGUUGUGCGGCUUUGGAGUGUGUGGAGGGUCGCACCAGCCCUCUUCACAUGUGUGAACGUUUGCGUCUGUGA